UUGCAAUGUAAAAUCUGCACAUUCUUUAAAGUGGGGUGGAACAUUAUUAAGUAGCAUUAGACAGGCUGAGAUGUGUGUUGAAGGUAUAGGGGGAUUAACAUUUUAAACAAAAUCAUUCUUUACUGUACAAAAAUUGGUGUAAGUGAAGGAGACUUAACAAUAACUGUCUUGGGUUUGUAUUUACAGAAAGACAAGAAGCCAGUUUCAAUGCCGGAGAUGAUUUGCCACUUCACGCUGUUGUUGUUGCUAAUAGGAACCCUUUUGCUGCAAUGAACAUGUUCCGAAACCAGAUACUGAAACGUCAUCUUCCCAGGCAGAUUGUGUGUGUUGACCGACAGUCAGGGUUGGUGGUGAAGGAUUUCUUCAAAAUGCUGAAAAGGGGAGAGGUUGAUGUAAGGAGAGAAUUGGAUGUAGAGUUCCUGAAUGAAGAGGGUAUCAAUGCAAGUGGGCUAACCAAGGAAUACCUCAAUCUACUGAUGACUGGUAUGGCAAAUGGGACAGGAGGUCUUGUUUUGUUUGAAGGUGCACCAGACCACUUACUGCCAAUCCACAAAGAAGAGUAUCUGCAAAGUGGGUAUUUUGGCUAUGUUGGAAAAACAAUUGUUUUAUCAGUUGUACAUGGAGGCGUUGGUUUUCUGGGAAUGUCCAGGGCUUUGGUACAAUACUUGAUCACUGGAGAAAUAAUGGCUGCAUUACCUGAACUGACAUUGUUGGAUGUUCCAGACUUGAAUGUUCAGAUGUGUUUGGAGGAGCUAGAAAGUGCUCCUGAUGACAUGAGCCUGCAGAAUCAGCAAGGGAGGGAUGACAUCCAACUUUUACUGACUCAAGCGGGUUUUGUUAAUGAGUUUUUAACAAUGACCAGCAAAGCGAGAGCAGUACAAUAUGUAUUACUCCACCAGGUGUUUAAGGCCAGACGGGAUGAAAUAGAUGCCAUAAGGAUGGGUAUGGAUUCCAUAACCCUGACAGAUUUUCUCUUAACAAGUCAAUCCUGUAUUCCUCUGGUCUUCCCUUUGGCAAAAGAUGUGGUUUACACAGUAGAAGAUGUUUUGAAAUGCAUCAAAUUAGAUAGGGCAACCUUGUCUGUGAAGCAUAUUGAAGUAGCUGAAUGGUUCCAACAAUAUAUAGAGGACCUUGAGUCUGAGCCACAGGCCACUGUCAACUCCACUAGGUAUGGGUCAGAGUUGUCACCCUCACCAACCCUGAAACAGCUGAUUCAGUUUAUAUUUGGCGACCCUAUUCUCCCCAGAAAUACCAACAUCAAGAUUGGUUUUCGAGCUAACCGUUUACCUGAUGCAGACGCGUGCUUUGGAAUUGUUCACUUACCACUGCAACAUGAGGAAUACAGAUCAUUUAGGGCAUCAAUGAAUACAUGCAUCAACUGCCAAUAUGUUGGUUAUGGCAGAGGCUAAAAACAUCCAUUAAUGACAUGUUGUAGAUUUGUUCCAGUUCCAGUUUGAAAACAUUGUUAUGUAAAGCUGCAUAAUUUUACACUGAGUAAUGUCAAUAUCACUGCUCAUGAAAUGAUGUGGCCUUCAAGUUAUAAUUCUUCUUUGUUACUAGAGACCCAGAUUUCUGGUCUUUGCUCUGUCAAUGCAGACCAGUGGCUGCUUUUAAGCCCAUACAGGCUUUGGUUCAUAAACAAAUUAAAAAGUUGCGAUGAAUGUUUAUAUUGCCUUU